UAAUGCGCUGCGCACUGCCGUGCGUUUAACCCAGGCGAGGAGGAGGAGGAGAAAAUUCCCCCAGAUCCGGGCAGGUCCUGCUCAGCUUGCAGCCUUGGCAGAACUUCCGAGCCUGAGCUGAAGCACCUUGCCCAGACGUGCACGCAUCCCUCUUGGGCAAGCCAGCUCCACGCCCUGGAUCAGAGAAUUACUCCAGCUGCACCAUGAGCCGCGUUCGGGAUGCUGGCUGCGUAGCCGCUGGGAUAGUGAUUGGGGCUAGUGCCUGGUACUGUGUCUACAAAUACGCCAGGGGAAGAAACCAGACGAAGAAGAGAUUGGCCAAGCCCAAGACCAGGGCUGUGGCGGGGACUGGAGCCAGGGCUAGAGCUGGACUAAGGGCCGGAUUCACAAUUGACCUUGGGCCGGGAUUUGGUCCUCCAACCCCAGUCCGCACUAGGGCAGAGAACAGGGCCCAGGAUGAAGCCUCUGCUCUGAACGCGGCUGGAGCUGAGGCAGUGGCCCCAGCUGCAUCCAGUGCUGGGGCUCAGAGUGGGGCAGGAAGUCAGGCCCAAGAGGCAGAAGGGGCCUGGGUUGGGUCUAAGACUGAAUCAGUAGUGGGGGCCACAGUGGCUUCUGCAAUGGCACCACCUCCCAGGGAAGCAGAAGCUCCUGCGGCUGCAGAGAACCCCACAAUGGCAGGGGCUCCCAAAUCUGCAGAAGUCCCUGGCACAGCAGAGGCUUCUGCAGCACCAGCAGUGCCUCCUGGGGCACCAGCGCCUACUGAGGCAGCAGCACCUACCGAGGCGGCAGAGGUUCCCGUACUGGCAGCGCCUACUGGGGCUGCAGAGGCUCCUGGGACUUCAGGGUCCCCUAGAACAGCGGCAGCUGCCAAGAAGGCGACUCCUGGGGCUCAUACUGGAGCUAUACCUAAGGCCGGGUCAGCGACUGGAGCUGUACCCAAAGGUGGAGCCAAGGGUGGAACCAGGUCCCGGACUGGAGGCAAGGGCAAAGGCAAGAAAAACAAAGUUGAAGUAGACGAAUUGGGCCUGGGCUUCCGACCUGGGGAUGGGGCUGCAGCAGCUGCUGCAGCCUCUGCUAAUGGGGGACAAGCUUUCCUGGCAGAAGUCCCCGAUUCUGAGGAAGGGGAGUCCGGGUGGACUGACACAGAGUCGGAGUCAGACUCUGAACCUGAGACUCAGCAGAGAGGGAGAGGGAGGAGACCUGUUCCCAUGCAGAAGCGCCCCUUUCCUUAUGAAAUUGAUGAGAUUCUGGGUGUCCGAGAUCUCAGGAAAGUCCUUGCUUUGCUUCAGAAAUCGGAUGAUCCUUUCAUCCAACAGGUAGCUUUGCUCACUCUGAGCAACAACGCCAAUUAUUCAUGCAACCAAGACACAAUUCGCAAAUUGGGAGGCCUCCCAAUUAUUGCAAACAUGAUCAACAAAACUGAUCCCCACAUUAAGGAAAAAGCCUUAAUGGCCAUGAAUAACCUGAGUGAGAAUUAUGAAAAUCAGGGCCGGCUUCAGGUAUACAUGAAUAAAGUGAUGGAUGAUAUCAUGGCCUCUAACCUGAACUCCGCAGUACAGGUAGUUGGACUAAAAUUUUUAACAAACAUGACUAUUACUAAUGACUACCAGCACCUGCUUGUCAAUUCUAUUGCAAACUUUUUUCGUUUGUUAUCUCAGGGAGGUGGAAAAAUCAAGGUUGAGAUUUUGAAAAUACUUUCGAAUUUUGCUGAAAAUCCAGAUAUGUUAAAAAAACUGCUCAGUACCCAAGUGCCGUCAUCAUUUAGUUCCCUCUACAAUUCUUAUGUGGAAUCAGAAAUCCUUAUUAAUGCCCUUACUCUAUUUGAGAUCAUCUAUGACAAUCUCAGAGCAGAAGUAUUCAACUACAGAGAAUUCAAUAAAGGUUCCCUGUUUUACUUAUGCACUACAUCUGGAGUGUGUGUUAAGAAAAUUCGAGCCUUAGCAGAUCACCAUGACCUCUUGGUGAAAGUGAAAGUUAUAAAACUAGUGGACAAAUUCUGAUUGGCUAUGUGCUCUUAAAAGACUUGAAGAAAUGUCUUGGUUUUGCAGUCUGGAAGCAAUGAAGUUUGAAAGUUACUGCUUUUCCACUUGCUCAUAUAGUAAAGGGAUCCUUUCAGCUGCCAGUUUUGAAUAAUGUAUCAUCCAGAGUGAUGUUAUCUGUGACAGUCUCCAGCUUUAAGCUGAACCAUUUUAUGAAUACCAAAUAAAUAGUCCUCUUAUACUGAAAA